GCUUCUUUUGUCUUCAUAAACAUGGCGCCAACUCCAGCAACCUACGGAUCUUGGAAAAGCCCAAUAACGGUCGAUGUAGUGGUGAAUCAAUCGAUUUCAUUUAAGGAAGUCAGAGUAGAUCCUUUUCAGGAAGGUAGGGGUUUGCGAAACCUUUUUAAACAAUAAGCUCGUUCAUGUUUUUUUCAUGCUCAGCACAUGCGGCAUGAGGUAGGCGCAAAUGCAUGUGGAGUUCAGGGUUCGUUGUACUCGGGAAAUUGAGAGGAACAAAAGGGGGUCUGUAGCCUCUAAUCUUUGCUUCUUUCUCGGAGAGCCUGUGUGCAUCGACUCUGUGAUUCUUUUAGUUCUUGUCUUAGCAAUAGCGUUCUUCCGGAGUUUCCGCCAUUGCGAUUUUGAGGCGCAAGCCCGCAUGCAGGAUUUUAUGGUUGCAUCACGCGCGAAAUUAAAGGUCGAAGUUGCCUGGAAUAUUAGAGAGCGCCAUGCAGGCUAAAUAUCUCGCAAUACUAAGCUCAAUUUCAAUUCUCUGGGUUUCAUCUCUUAACAUAGGAAUACGAGAGUUAAAAGGGGACAAAUCUAUAAAUCUAUUAAAGUCCAAAAAAAAAGCUUGGACAAGAGGAUCCAAGCUAAGAGCAGGCUUAGCAUUGCUAGCCCGGUGCCAAAGUAUUUCGAUUCAUGUGUGUGUCAGGUGCCAAAGUAUUUUGAUUCAUGAAGAUGGGAGGGAGAAGAUUUGAGCGAAGCAAAGGGAAUUAAAUAACAGGACAUAGUAUAUGCUUAUGCUAUCAAACCGUUGUAAAUGAGGGUUUACCACAAAACAGCUCUUAACUAGCCUAAUCUGUUCAUUAAAAUGAGCCCUUAACCCCAAUCACUGAAAGUCAACCAUGCAUAAUUCUACAAACAUUCCCGCCACGAACCCUCAUUUUCCCUUUGGAACUUAAGAGGAAACAUGUUUCUUGUAUUAAUUUUUUUGUAAUUUCAUAAAACUUUAUUUUUUUCCUAUGGCUCGCUCCCAUUGAAUGCUGCUUGCUGGCUUGCAGGGGUUAGAGGUCGAGUGGAGGGGGCUCCUGUAUUGCUUUUCUGGAUUUCAAAAUCCCUUGUGUUUUUUGAUGCUAAAGUUCAUUUUCCUGUUUCACUGUGGUCGGUUGCUAGGGCUUUUCCUCCCAAUACCUCUCAAAACUGAGAGUUUUAGGCCAUAGACAGAAGUAGAAUGCAUGGAAUGUGACGAAACUUGGCAAGGAAGUAGUUUGAUAAAUUACCUGUUUAUUGGUUUUUCUUUAAUCCCAUGUGACUUUUGUUAUGACGUCAUAAAUGAUGUCCAAAUUUGGCAUCCGAACAAAAAUUCAGGAAAGAAAUGGUAAAAAUUUUACAUUAGUUUUCUGUAUAGAAUUCUAUGAUUUCUAGUGAAAACCCCAUCUCAAUCGGAUAAAAAGGACUAAAGUUGCAGCUAAUUAAAGAAAUUCAAAUUUCCCCCAAAUGACCAUAUAUGGUCAAAAUUAGGGGUAUUUUAAACGUGAGAACAUUGAAUGUAUUGGAACAGGAGCAAGGACAAAGUUACAUAAAAUCAAAAUUGUAGUUUUUUCUACUUAGGGUAUGUGGUGCUAUGAAACGUUUUUCGUCGCGAAAUACGUCAUUUUGACAUCACAAUGACGUAUUUCGUGACGCAAAUGCUUCAUAGCAGCGCAUAAGUAAAAAAAAGUAAGUAGAAAAAACUACAAUUUUGAUUUUAUGCAACUUUUUCCUUGCUCCUGUGACAAUACAUUCAUUGUUCUCGCGUUUAAAAUCCUCCUAAUUUUGACCAUAUAUGGUCAUGUGGGGGGAAAUUGGAUUUCUUUUAUUAGCUGUAACUUUAAGCCAUUUUAUCUGAUUGAGAUGGGGUUUUCAUUAUACAUAUUCUUUUUGUGUAGUAAAAAUGUCUGUAAUGUUUUGAACACUGCUUUGCAAGUUUUUGAUGUUGUUACUAAAAAUAGGCGUCACUUAAGACGUCAUACUUUCAAGAAACGUCAAAAAUACCUUUACAAUGGUAAAAAUUUAAAGAAAAUUUUUCUCUAAUUAAGAUGUUUUAAUGUCUUGCUUCAUUUGGAAUAUAAAAUACUGCUCUGUGAGCCAAAAAUUGAAUUUACGAAGUUGCGGGAGGAAAAGCCCUAGCAACUGACCAUCGUGUUUAGAAAUAAAUGGCCUCACAGCACAGGGUGUUAACAUGUUAACCACUGCAGCAGAUGUAGCAGGUUCAAUACCCAGCAUUGCCCAUAUCUUUUUCAACAAAUAUAAUUAAUAGAUUUUUUUCCCUUUUUUUGGGACAACAGAACUAACUUGAUAACAAAGUACAGAUUAUUCAUUGCCAGUAAUAAGCAUACAUGUAUAUCCGUUUCUGUGGGGCUAAACUCUGGAAUGCUAUUAAAGAAGAGCUAAAAUCAGCGAUUCGUUUUCGCUUUAAAAAGCUUAUUACAAGAAUCUGUCAUCUCCAAAUAUUGACUGGUGUACUUUAUAUGCAGCUAAUUGUGUGCACAGCCCUUGUUUUGUCUUGCUUCUUUGUUUAUUUGUUUGUGUAUUUGUCAUUUAUUACAUCUUAAAAAGUUUUUCUUUGUGAGUUUUUGUGUCAGUUUGUGUGUGCAUUUGUUUAUAUAUUAGAACUUUGAUAUCUAGUCACUUUUCUGCAUGGCCCAGCUGCUCAGCGCAAUUAGCUUUUUCUAUUUCUGAGUGGCUGUGCUCUCUUUCUUUCACAAUUAUUUCCUUUUAACGACUCUACACUUUUGUAUCAAGAGCACAAUAAAGAUUGUUGUUGUUGUCCUCUCAGGGGGGACUGUCUAAAUAAAAUGUCUCUUGCUGCAUUUUUUAUGUGCUGUCGUUUUUUUGCGUAAGCCUGCCAUGCAGCCAUUCUUCACCUCACAAACCUUUGCUGAAUUGAAAUAGCUAGAUGGCAUAAUAAUUUAAUAAAGAAAUGCUUUUCCCAGUCAAAAUAAUUCUCUGGAUCUGGUCACACCCCAGACUGAUUGCUAUCAUCCCCGACAGUGAAGUUUUAAUCUUGAUAAGUCAACAACUGUUGUCGAUCAUUACAAAUGCCUGGGUUGCUUUCUGAAGAGUAAAGAAAUGCUUGUGACUUCCAUAACCAUAACCAUGCACAACUGAAAAUAAAAUAGGAGCUGUCUUUGAUUUCAUGUUUUCCUCAGCUGGAACAUGGGAUGGCCCCAAUCACGUGGUAUUUUCUUGAAUUGUGCUAACUUGGCUUAAUGCUCCUUAACCUGCGCCAAAGAAGUAACUACAAAAAAAAAACAGUGCUGAAAUCCUUGUUUCAGGGCCCACCUUAGUACAGGAUUUGAUUGGACUGUGAAAUAAGCCAUUGUCAAUUUACCAGUCAGGUUGAAGGGAAAUUUGAAAGGCACUUCUGUUAAUUUGUUAAUAUUGUGGGGCAGGCCCGUAACCAGGAUUUUAUGUGGGGGGGUGCUAACAAGGCCAAAGUGGACCAAACUGCCGAAAUGUAUUUUUUAUUGUCUGAUCCGUUUAUUUAGGAAAGUAGCAAUACAUGAGAAAUUGUAACGGCAAAGUACACGGUAGGAACUGAAUAUUACAUUUGUCAAAUACAACUGUUUGAAUUAAGUUAUAAAAGUUAUAACUUAUCAGAGAAUUUAAUCUCUGAAAGGUGUUUUUCUAUAAUUCUAGCUGGGUAAUCUCUAUUCUGCAGGCGUGUUUUAAAAUUAAUCAUGUUUUCCUCAAAAGUAAAUUGAGAGGAAUUUGUUCUCAGAAGCCUUAACGCUUCUCCUUUUAUAAAGCCUUUGGUGACGCUUGGUGGGUGACACGAAUAGAAAUUCGUGUAUUGAAAGGUUUCUGUAGCUUUGAAAUACGUUCGCACGUCAAGAAUAGAUUCCUUAUUGAAUCUGUCACCUUUGUACACUUUCGUGUCUAAGAAUGUGGUUUCUAUCUCUUAGAUUUCAGCCGUGAAUUUGAUCGUUGGGUGAAAACUGUUUGCCUUUACAAGGAAAUCCUCUAUUUUGUCUCUGCUUGUGUUCCAUAUAGAUAUGACGUCAUCUAUGAAUCUUUUCCAAAAAUUGGUUUUGUGGUGCUUUUUAUGAGUAUUUCUUUUUCUAUUUUGGCCAUAAAUAUGUUAGCAAAAGCUACGGCUAUUUUCGUCCCCAUGGCUGUUCCCUGAGUUUGGAGGUAAUCUUUUCCAUUGAAUCUUGUAGAAUCAGACUUGGCAUGUCUCUUAAAUACCUGGUAGGAAUGGGAGGGUUUUCCUCAUAAAAUUCUUCGUAUGCUUCGUAUACAGUUGCGAUACCCUCCUCCUGGGGUAUGUUCGUGUAGAGGCUGGUGACGUCCAUUGAGGCAAAUUGAAUUUCCAUUAAUUAACUUGAAUUCAAUUUCCAUUGAGUUAUAACUUCAUUUUAUAAUUUAACCGACUGCACUCCUUAACUUGGAUAUUGAGUAUCAAAAUGCGGACCUUUGGGGCCUGUGGGGGGGGGGGGGGGGGGGGACNUUCACCGACACUGCUAACCAGGGUUGGGUUAUGUCUGUGAGAGAGGCCAAAGGCUCCUGUGACACCUCAGUUUAUUAAGAAGCUUUUUAUGACAUUUUUUUUCACCUUUUUCCUAUUCAGACAAAGUGUUCUGGUCUGAGAUGUCACCUGAUAAAGGUGGACGAUAUAUCAUUCAUUCUUGGACUGAAGGAGAAGAUGUCCAGGAAUUAACUCCUGAGAACUACAGUGCCCGAACAACUGUGCAUGAAUAUGGAGGAGGUGCCUUCUUUGUACACAAGCGUCGUAUUUACUUCUCCAACUUUGAAGAUCAACGGCUUUAUUGUCAAAAGUUAAAGAAAGGGGUUCAAGAACCAAUUCCUCUUACACCUAAAGGAAAAGAUUGGAGGUACGCUGAUGGUACCAUGUACAAGAAGCAUAUUGUAGUUUGUGUACGUGAAGAUCAUGAAGUGAUUGGUGGAGAUGUAAAGGAGGCUGAAAACACACUGGUAUCUAUCAAUCGCAAGACCAAGGAACAGUCUGUUUUGGUAAGUUAUUUGGAAUGAUUGAAAGUUCUUACGAAUAAAAAUUAGCAAACAGAAAAAUUAGUUUAAUUUGAUUCAUAGAUUGAGAUCUUAGAUUCAUUUCUUUGGCUCCUGGGCAACCAAAAAAUCUUAGCUUUUUUCAUAGAAAUCAUAUGCUGGGCCCAGUUCCUCAAAAGAUGGUUAAAUUUGUCCCAGGAUUGAGCCAUAUUUUGAGCAAGGUUUUCUUGGAUCAUGGAUUAGCACUAAUUGAUUUUUCAGGAACUGGUCCCUGGGUACCCUAGAUUUCACAAGUUCAGAACACUUGGUUCCCUUCAAUUUUUCUUAGAGCACAUCCUUGAUCUGAUUUCUGUAAUUGGCAGGUAUCAGGAGCAAACUUUUAUUCCACUCCAAGGAUUUCAAAGCAUGGCACCUUGGCUUGGAUUGAGUGGGACCAUCCUAACAUGGUAAGCAUGCGUUAUAAAUUUCUUUAUUCUCCGGUUAUGAUCCCCACUUGCUGAGGUCUUUCAUGAGAGAAAGAGGAGAUAGACUUCUGCUGGUCCCUGAUGCAUUGUUAAAGCCGACCAGAUCUGUGGUCAAAACUGACUGGUUUUCAAAACCUGAGUUUUAAUUAUGUGGAAUGCAUGUGCCCUGUUGAGUCUGAGGGCCAGAAAUUUUUUUCUCAAUAAGACAAACUAACUCAUAUUUUUUGCGCUGAAUAAGACAAUUUAAGACGGAAUCCACCAGGAAACUGGGUAAUUUUAAUUCUCAGCGGACAAAAACCUUGUACCAGAAUAAUUUAAAUAAUAUUGCAUUCUUUUUUACAUUUUUCAAGGGCUAAAGAUAUACUUAGUCAUCUAUAGUAACACCAAAGAAAAUCUCCAAUGGAAGUCAGAGAAAAUGAAUGUCAAAUUACACAAGAAUUGUCAAAACACAGCUAGGUAAAAUUCUGAAAAUUUCAUGUGUCAGAUUUAAUUUUGUGAAAUUUGACAUUCAUUUUCUUCGACUCCCACAAGAGAUUUUCUUUGGUGUUAUUGCAGAUGACUAAUAACAUCUUUAGCCCUUGAAAAAUGUAAGCAUGAAUGCAACAUACUUUAAAUUAUUUUGGUACAAGGUUUUUGUCCACUGAGAAUUAAAAUUACUCAAUUUCCUGGUGGAUUCUGUCUUAAUUCAUAAUAUUUUGACAGUUCUAGAUUGGUUACUUGAGAGCACUUAAACCUAUAAAUAUUGGCUUGUUGUACUUGUUUUGAUCUUUGCUUUUUAUUUGUGAAUUCUUUCCUCAGCCAUGGGAUAGCACUAAACUCUGGAUAGGAGAAUUGUCACAUGAUGGAAAUUCCCUCAAAGAUGGAACCAAACGAAAGGUAAUACUGUAGAAUUAUGUGUGCGUGGAGAUUUAAAUAGAUGUGCAGUGGUCAUCUUUCUGGGGGAGAAAGAGAGUGAGGAAACUAGCAUUUAUAAGACCAAAAUUAAAGUCAGGCACAAUGCAAUACAAGGUCAAUUUGAACAUGUUAUAAGAAAUCUGUAAUAUAAAGAACCUGUGAGAAUUGUCAAAGGUUGUGAAGAUAAUUUGAAAGCUGAGCUUCAGUGCCUUAGAAUAUAGGUGAAUAUUGGUCAAAGGUAUGAGUCAUACUGCAUUAAUAGUGAGUAUGAAUACAUAAAAUUGUGUCACAGUUUAUAAUUAGAUGGCUUUUACUUUAGCUUGCACUCAUCUGCAUAUUGAGAAGCUGAAAAAUCAGGGAAUGACCAAUUAUUAACAGGAAAAAUAUUGAAUAUUGACCCCAAUAUUGACCCCAAUAUUGACCCCAAUAAUAAGAACCCAGCUUACUAUAACACAGCUAACUUGCACUAUUUUCGCUUCCCCUCAGGCAGGGUUCUAUCUAGGAUUUAUCGUUUGGGGAGAAGUUCCGAGUGGCUGAAGGGAACAAUCUUCCUAGGAGGGUCCGCCGGAAAUUUUUAGAAAUGAAUAUACCCUGAGAUGCAAUGUGGUGCCUUUUGAGACACAAUUUUGAGAAAUGUUACAGUUUGUGCAAGGACCUUGUUGCGUCUGGAUGAUUUUUCCAAUGUAUACUGUAAUGAUAAUAUUUUUUUGGGGGGGAAGCUGGGCAUUUUGGGGGGAAAGCUUCUACCCCUCAAAUACCCUAGAUAGAACCCUGUCAGGGUUCCAUACCCCACUUUACGGAUACCUUAUUAUUACAGCCAGUUUGCUUUCUCCCUGGGGAAACAAAGCCCUUACCUUUUCUGUAAAUUCAACCUGCUAAAUUCGGACACUUUCUAUAGCCCCCCUCAGUGUCCCUGUUAACAGGGUUUGGGUGAAUUUAUAAAGCUCAGAAUCAGUAAUUGAUAAAUAAAGGGUAACAAAUUUAUUAAUGGUUGUAAAACUUAACAUGUGUUGGCCACAGUUAUAUGACAUCAAGUAGUUUGUCAAAAUGUCUCUUUAGUUUUUUGUCAGUUAUAUACUUUAGUUAUCUCUCAGGUUCUCACGAAGAAUAUCAGGGGUUGAGACUAAUAGUGGUUGGGGACCUGUUUAAUUUUUUGCCCCCUCUUCUCCUGGAAGAGGGGGCUGGGAUAAACGGAAGGGAACUGCUGGCUUCUUCUUCCAAUCUACCUAUGACAUGAAUCACAGGGAGAUUUAUCAUUAAAACAGGAGCCAUUUAGGGCCUUACUUAAUGCAUCAUUUCAAAUUGUUUGUUUAAAAUACAUUAUUAUUACUAUUUUUUGGUACUGCAGAUCGCAGGUGGUGAGGGCAUCAGUGUCAUGCUUCCAAAGUGGUCACCAGAUGAUCAACUGCUGUAUAUUCACGACACAACAAACUGGUGGAACCUUUACAAACUAGAUGAUGAAGACAAUGAGAUCAGUGUUUAUCCCAAGGAUGAAGAGAUUGGUGGACCUGCCUGGGAAUUUGGAGGCAGUCCCUAUUCAUGCAAUCCUGAUGGCAAUGGAGAAAUGUUGCUUAAUUAUGGCUCGGUAUGGUUUGUCCUGUCAGAAAUAAUUAUGAUCAAUUCUCUAUUAAACACUCCCUGUUAUUAUUAUUAUUAUUAUUAUUAUUAUUAUUAUUAUUAUUAUUAUUAUUAUUAUUAUUAUUGUUAUUAUAAAUUUACAAAAUGAUAGUCCUAUUGGCAUUCAUUGCAUUGAACAGGAAUCAAACCCUGACCUUCAGCCUUCAGCGUGAUGACCGGACACAACACUCUGUCCAUUUAGCAAAUCAAGCUAACUGGAGAGCAGGUCAUUGUGUUUUGUAUAUUUUUCCAAAAUAUGAUCAGUUGAAUGCACUGUAAAUGACACUUCUGUUAAAACAUGCAACUAUGAAUGCAUCUUUUGCAAGCAAGUCAGUCAGUGAAAUUCAAGCUCAGUUAUCUAGUGGCCUAGCUAAUGUCCUAAGGUGGCUUCACGCUUAUUUUCUAGUACUUAAUCCUGAAAAAACAAAGAUUAUUCUUGUUGGUACAGUGUACCCAUCAGAGGACCGCAGAGGCUGACGAUCCAGUUGUAGAAUUAAUCAGUAACACGCAUUUAGAAAGAGUUAACAAGUUUAAAUAUCGUGGGGUCCUCCUAGACAACACCCUAUCUUGGAAGAACCACAUAGAAUAUAUCGGUAAUAAGAUCUUGUCUAGAUUAGGUAUUCUGCGUCGAGGGUGUAAGGUUCUUCCCAAGCCAACUUGUCAAAUGCUCUAUAAUACUGUUGUAAACGGGAGAUGAUUUCGUAGCUGAUGGAUAAGCGUCGACUGCUUGAGUAUCUCUAGACCUGGCUGGUCUCAGGCUAUCAGUACUCUAAGAGGUCACACUCAUCGUUUAUUGCUAAAUCAAGGUACUUUUGUACAUAUUGGUAAGUAAAUCAUAUUUGGGAAAAUAUGGAAGGGAAUGCAUGUGGUUUCCUUUCUAGUAAACACCCUAAUUCGAUUGAAAGCUUAAAGCACUAUUAUGCCUACAUUACUGACUAAAAUCCUGAGUGGCUAUGUUUGAAUAAUCAUCCCAUCCUACACAAAAGUCCUACCAGUUAAAAGGGUGUAGCUUUUAUGCUAUUCCGAUUUUUCUGCAUUUUUUACUCAAAUUCCAUAUUGAAAACUGUCCAAAUUAAAUCCCAAAUUGGACAGUUCUGAGAAAUUAAAGGAUAAUAGCCGUGCUGACAAUACUGGAUUAACUGACUGCUAUAUAAUUAUUAUUAUUAUUAUUAUUAUUAUUAUUAUUAUUAUUGUUAUUAUAAAUUUACAAAAUGAUAGUCCUACUGGCAUUCGUUGCAUUGAACAGGAAUCGAACCCUGACCUUCAGCGUGAUGACCGGACACAACACUCUGUCCAUUUAGCAAAUCAAGCUAACUGGAGAGCAGGUCAUUGUGUUUUGUGUAUUUUUCCAGAAUAUGAUCAGUUGAAUGCACUGUAAAUGACACUUCCGUUAAAACAUGCAACUAUGAAUGCAUCUUUUGCAAGCAAGUCAGUCGGUGAAAUGCAAGCUCAGUUAACUAGUGGCCUAGCUAAUGUCCUAAGUUGGCUUCAUGCUAAUUUUCUAAUACUUAAUCCUGAAAAAACAAAGAUUAUUCUUGUUGGUACAGUGUACCCAUCAGAGGACCGCAGAGGCUGACGAUCCAGUUAUAGAAUUAAUCAGUAACACGCGUUUAGAAAGAGUUAACAAGUUUAAAUAUCUUGGGAUCCUCCUAGACAACACCCUAUCUUGGAAGAACCACAUAGAAUAUAUCGGUAAUAAGAUCUUGUCUAGAUUAGGUAUUCUGCGUCGAGCUUGUAAGGUUCUUCCCAAGCCAACUUGUCAAAUGCUCUAAUUUAAUACUGUUGUAAACGGGAGAUGAUUUCAUAGCUAAUGAAUAAGCGUUGACUGCUUGAGUAUCUCUAGACCUGGCUAGUCUCAGGCUAUCAGUACUCUAAGAGAUCACACUCAUUGUUUAUUGCUAAAUCAAGGUACUUUUGUACAUAUUGGUAGGUAAAUCAUAUUUGGGAAAAUAUGGAAGGGAAUGCAUGUGGUUUCCUUUCUAGUAAACACCCUAAUUCGAUUGAAGCUUAAAGCACUAUUAUGCCUACAUUACUGACUAAAAUCCUGAGUGGCUAUGUUUGAAUAAUCAUCCCAUCCUACACAAAAGUCCUACCAGUUAAAAGGGUGUAGCUUUUAUGCUAUUCCGAUUGGAAAACACAUCUAACUAUUUGCUUUACGUCAUGCACAUUUUUGCACACCUUUGUAACUUAAUUAAUUUUCUAGUUUUAAUGUUUUAAUGUCUUUGUUUCUGUGUUGUGUCAGGGCCCCAUUAAUAAUUAUUUUAAACUAGCUCUGCUAAAUUGGAUGCCCCUGGAUAAAUAUUAAUUUAAAAAAAUCUUACUUUGCUGCUCAUCUACUUCCUUCCAUGUCAUUAAAUCAACAAUAAUAAUUAGAUCGAUAUAAUAAUAUUAAUUUUUUCAUAUUUCUUUUGUUCAGACCAUCACAUGUCUUAAACAUUCUGGUGAACAUCAAGAUAUUAAGCUGGAGAAAGAUUACAAGUCUUUCACCUUUCUGCAUUAUGAUCCAAAUGGAAAACAUGCCUACAUGGUAGCUGGAGGCCCCAGUCUCUUUACAGUGCUUAUUAAACUAAAUGUCAAGACUGGUAAAACAACAGUAGUAAGAACUUCGCAUCCAUCAACAGAUGAUAUUGAUCCAGGAUACUUAAGUGCUGAUCCUAAGAAGGUGUCAUGGGAUACCACCCUUGGUGCUAAAGCUCAUGGUUAUUAUUAUCCACCUCAGGUUGGUUGAUCUAUUUUUUCUCCACUUAUUUCUGUUAACAGAUCUCGUAUGAUAAAAUACCGUAAUAGCACGAUUUUAUAACAACAAGCAAAAGUCCAAACUCAAAUUCUUCUUCAAAGUAAUUUGAUAUUGGAAUCAUUGCGCAGAGCUUCUAAAACUCAUUUGUUUUAUUAUUUAUUUUUGUCAGCUCUAUUGGUCAAUGAUAUAAACGAAAAAGGAAAAAGAAAAAAAUGUUUCUAUUUUUGAUUCUAAGGUAUAGUAUGUAUGCUAUGCCUAUAAAAUCUACUGAAGAGAAAUCACAUGAUGAUUUUGCCAAUAACAGUCCUUUCUUUGUUUAUUUAUAACCUGGAAAUUUGACGUCUUUUUUAAUACUGUAUUGAGUCUAUCAGAGGGCAUCUACUGCCUUCAUCAUCAGUGGUUGUGAGACAACUGAUAAUGAGUGACGUCUUAAAAGUCCUCAGUCGUUGUGCGUGGUCAUGAGGUGGUAAAUAAUGUCAAUAAUUGAUUAUGAGUCGUCAUCGUUGGUUGUGUGGUGAUGAAAGGCAAUGAUUGAAAACUAAAUAGUCAUUGACAGUCAUUGACUGACAAUGUGAAGAAGAAUUCUAAGCACCAAAAAAGUCCUUUUAAUGAGAUAGCCUGAGCUGUACCACAGACAAACUAAGCCUUUGGUUAAGCCCAUCUCUGAACCAGCACCUAAAUGCUAAUUCUUGACCCCCAUAUAUUUGAUUGGCUAAUCAGUUAAAGGGAAAUUUGAGGUGCACCUCCAGUAAUGAGGUGACUCUCAGGGUUGUCGCUAAGAUUUCAAGUUGCCGGGUAAAUACAACAAGUAGGUGGGGAAUCAAACAGCUAGGAACUUCUUUUGGUUCUAUUUUUCUUUUAUUUUCCUUUGAAAGUAGCCGGGGAAGACGUUCAUAGUAGCCGGGGGAAAUCCCCAGCCCCCGCCUCUUAAUGACGGCCCUGUGACUCUGUAAGUGGUCCAGAACAAAGUUCUUGGUGUUGCUUCACAGUGGUUACAACUAAGGCUAGUAAUUAAUAUGACAUUUUAUUAUAUAUGAACAUUAUUUUUCUUGUCACUCAGAACAAAGACUUCGAAGGUCCUGAGGGUGAAUGUCCCCCGCUUUUGAUGAAGGUUCAUGGAGGUCCCACUUCAGCCUGUUCACCAUGUCUGGACCUCAAAAAACAGUUCUUCACCUCCAGGGGAUUUGCACUUCUUGAUGUUGAUUACCGUGGCAGCACUGGUUAUGGGACAGAGUACAGGAAUGCUCUGAAAACAAAGUGAGUAAACUUUGUGAUUUUCAUUUAUUUUUUUUAGUGGCAGGUCCAUGUUCAACUCUUCAUUAACCCUUCCUUUUACAACCUGGCUUACACAGCGAAAAAGGAGUGCAGAAAUUAAAUACACUCAUAUUUUCAAACUAGUGGUACAGGAAACCACAGAUUAGAGAGCUGCAUCUGACUCCAGGUCUAGUAACAAGUACCAGCAAGGAACAAAGUAACAGUUUCCAGGCUGAAACAUGCCCUUGAAAAUUAUGACCAAUUGACAAAUUAUGGCCACAAUGAAUUCCUGUUUUUAUGCCCCAUUCACACCAAAGCUUAAACAUAUAUGAAACCUACUUAGCUAAAGACAGUUUAAAAUUGUUUCCUUCAUUAAAGUCGCUUUAUACUGACAUUUAUUUUGUCUAUUGCAAUUUAUGUGUCAAUUACAGACAAUGUUGAAGUUUAUUUCAGCUCUGGGUAAAUGUCUGUGUUCCAGUUUUUCAUUUUUUGAAACCUGGUUUAAAUAAACAUCAGUGAUUUUGUUACAAAUAGUUAUGGUGAGACCUGGGACUCAUCUUGUGAAAAAUCUUGAGUCCCAGUCCAGAACCAGUGAGUACCAGUUCAAAAAACUACCAGUCCUAAAUUGAAAAUGCUUGGUCCUUUAUGUAACUAGGUAGUUAAUCUGAAGACUGACUCAAAACCUCAAUGGUUGUCUUUACACUAGGCUGUUAAGUAAGACUUAAGAGCUGCUAAGUUUUAGUUACCCAAAAAUGGUGUGUGAAGGCAUAAGUAAAAUCUCAAGCAACUUUACUUUGCAUCUCAUUAAAGUCGGAAAGUUGAAACGAUUCAAGAAAGUUUCAAGUCACUUGAAAACCAUCCUUAAAACCGACUUAGCGCACUUGCGGUUUCUAAGCUUUGAUAAGGGCGAAACAUGUCAAUCAAUCUUAAUUAUGUUGUGUGGGAAAAUAGGCUUAAGUAAACCUGAAGUAAAAAAGAUAGGUUGUGUGAAGCCUUUUUUUACUUGAAGAAUUUAAAAUUUACUUGUCUUGAAAUAUUUCUUAGCAUAUUUAGGCUCUCGUGUAAAGACUACCAAUAUUUCAGUUUACUGGAAUUAAAAUAUAGUCCUUCUGUUAAAGCACGAACAAGACUAAAAUAAGUGUGCAUCAUUAAACAACAGCCGCACAAGAACAGCCACAGAAAUCACAUGAACAGGAUAUUCUACAAAAACAUCUUCAGAUCAUAGGAUGCAUGCCACAAAUUUUUUAGUGUCUUUGUGGAUUUUUAUGCAUCAGGGACAUAGGACACAGAGGUAACAAAAUCACUGAAGCAUGUUUAGUUGGUGUGAAUUAAUGGGGCUUUAGAUAUUUUCUCCUUUGCCAACUAAAACUAAGUUUUAACAGUAUAUUUAAAACUGAGUCAACAACAAUACCAGCAAUGAACAUUUGCCUUAUCACCUAGUGUUGGUCAUAGACAUGGGACACAAGUAUGCUGACUGAAAGAAAGCAGGGACCAAUUUGAGGUUUCCAUUUCAGGGAAGCAUCCAUCUUUUAGUGGUGUUAGUUAAGAGAGCCAAAGUUUACUGUACUCACGCUUGCAUUGUACAAUGAUACUACAUUCUUUCUUGCUGCUUAAAGUUUUUGCCCUGCUGCGUUCCACCAUUUCUACCAUUACAGUAUUUAAACUGUUGUAGAGUUUAACAUAAUGUCUUGGUAGAUUGAUACACUGUGGGUUAUUGAUAGCCAUUUAAGAAGAGACUAAAAGUAAGGUGGUCCUUAAUGAACCUGGCAGUGUUUUGUCCGUUAAAGCCAAAACCCAUUCUAACACUUAACAUACUUCUUAUAAACAGCUGGGGUCUUCUAGACAUUGACGACUGUUACAAAGGGGCAGAGUCUCUGGCAGAUCAAGGCAAAGCUGAUCGUGGUAAACUGUUCAUUGAUGGAGGUUCUGCCGGUGGCUUUGCUGCUCUAGCUUCCAUUACCUUCCAUGGAGAUGUGUUCAGUGCUGGAACAAGCUUUUAUGGAGUAUGCGACCUCACAGCUCUUGCAGCAAGUACCCAUAAGUUUGAAAGUCGCUAUACUGAUACCCUUAUUGGCCCUCUUCCUGGGGCACAGGAAAUUUAUGAUGAAAGAUCACCAAUCAAGCAUGUUGACAAACUUGACUGUGCAGUGUGCAUAUUUCAAGGAUUAGAAGAUAAGGUAAGAGCUUUGGGUCAGAGAAAAAGAGGGGGGUUAAAUUUAAUAAGCGCACUGUUGGGCUCAUGUUUGUCGGUCUUAUGUGUAUUGUUACCAGUUACGUAUGUAAAAUAAGAGCCUGUGCCCUUUUUACCUUUAUUUUCCAGCAAUAGUCUGAAUUGGUAAUAAGUAUAAUAAACUUUAGAUAGAAUAUAUUCUUUAUAUCAUACUUAUUUGGCCAAGUUUCAUAUUGAGGUUUGUAAUCCACAAUUUCUUUCUGUUACUUUUUACCAAGUUCAUCUCUUUACGUUGCUCUGUGUGUGUGUGUGUGUGUGUGGGGGGGGGGGGGGGGGGGGGGGGUAACAUUGGGGGGGGGGGGGGGGGAAGUCACAAAAAAAAAAAAAGGCGGGGGGGGGGGUUUUUUCUAAUUUUUAAUGGAAAUUUUUGGGGAAUUUUCAUUUUUUUUUGGUUUUUUCCCCACAUACUACAAAAAAUGUAUUAUGUAUGACAAAAAGGGAAGAAAAAACAGUGGUUUUUUUUUUUUUUUUUUUUUUUUGUGUGCUUUUUGUGUGGUUUGGUGUGGUGGGGGGGGGGGGUGGGGGGGGGGGGGGGGGGGGGGGGGGGGGGAGAGGGGGUUACAUCUGUGGGGAAGGGUGAGGAUAGUCACAAAAAAACUAACAGCUGUAGGAUGGCGUCUUUCUCAAUCUUAAUGGUAAUUGUUGCUGACAUUUCAAUUUUUUUCAGGUCGUUCCACCAGAUCAGUCAAAAAUGAUGUAUGAUGCAGCUAAAGCGAAAGGAAAUCCGGUGGCUUAUAAAACAUUUGAAGGUGACAUAAAAAAUGAUUUAAUUUGGUGAAGAAAUUUUUUUAUUGUGCAAUUACAUGGCAGGCUUUCCUUUGCAAAAGAUUACAUGCCGGAUCUUUUAACUUCUCAGUGCAAAUCAGACAUUUGCAUGGAUGUGUCUAGGGAAGGGGAUUCCCUGGGUGCUGAAAUCCUUUUCUUAGCCAAGUAGCUCAUUUUCAUCAUCAAUUGAUUUAAAGGCUUGCAUUAUGAAUUUUUGUUUUGGUAAAAUCCAACUAGUGGUCUAUUUUCAAUGCUGCGCUCUGAUUGGUUGAGCUACUACAAGGCUAAAUGUUAUAGCCCACUAGUAGCAAAAAGCGCCAGCCAAAACCAAAACAAUGGCGUCUGAAUCGUGUUUUGCUAGAUAAAGUUGUUUUGUCUUGAUAUUUUUGACCAACAAGUUGGAUUUUACUAAAACAAUCAUUCCUCCAGCCCAAAUGGCCUCUGAGUCAAUAGCCCGUUCGGCCUCCGGCCUCAUGGGCUAUUGACUCAGAGGUCAUUCAGGCUCAAGGAAUAAUAAUUAUUCCUCGAGCCCGAAAAAUAACCAGUGGGUGGUUUAAUUUUUUUUUUAACUUGGAGCUCAUUUAGAUUUCUGAAAAAUUAUUGGGAAACCGGGUACUUGUUAAAUUUCCUGUAGAAGUGAGCUACUGAUUCUCCAUGACCUAUGGACCUUUAUUGUACAGUGAUCUACACUGUCUAAUGAAGGUGUGCCUGAAAUAAUGCCCCAAGAGACUUCUAAUAGGAUGCUGGUUGGGUAUUAGUAUGUGUAAUCAAAAUGGUGAAGAGUGAAAAAAGGGAAUGAUUUCAUGUGUGUUUUGUCUAAAUUCUAGUUAUUUCCAGAGCCUCUAGGUGAGGGAAAUAAUUAGAAUUUGGACAAAAUGCAAGCAAAAUUAUUCCCAAUUUUCACAAGUGUACCAUUUGAUUACUUAGUAAUAUCAUAGGGGACAAAUAAUAUUCCACUCACAAUUACACUGAAAAGGCUAGUCCUUAACUUUUGGCUUUAAGUUCACUAUCAUUUCCUAAAUUUUUCCACAAAAUACAUUCUUGAUGUGCUCUUUUGAGUGUUCAGGUUUUUUAAAGCAUCUUACCAUGACAUCUUCAUUCAUAAAAAUUUUAAAACCUUGACACUUUUGUGGCACUGAGACAUACAGAAUUUCACACGUUAAAUUGUUUAUUGCCCCUGAAAUUUGUGCCAAAAUCAUGGAGCAAUUUUUCCCCCAUGAUAUUCAAGGGAGAAUUUCACCUCACAUCAGGAGUUACAAAACUCCCUCUUUUGACCAUAAAUAGGAAGGUUUAGUUAGGUUUCUAGGGAAAGUCAACCCUGUUCCAGAGACCCCACCUACUCCCUAGAUGAACCCUUGUAUUCUAACAAAACAGAGCUGUUUGAGUCCUAAAAUACUCCAAAACAUGAAGCUUAACGGGAGUAGGAACAGAUCUACUGGAAAGGUUAUCAAGCUCUCUUUUUACAGUUUGUUUUGAAUCAAGUCUAAAACCACUCAGCUAUGCAGGGAGGGGAGGGUACUCUAUAAUGGCCUAUAAAGGAAGGCUCCUUCCAAAAUGGAUAACUUUUUCAGAUUACAAGUGUGGUCAGUAUCUCUUCCGGCAAUGCCUGAUUCUCCCUAAAUAUCAUUUGUUAACUCCAUUCCAGUAGUUAAAAAAUGGGAUGCAGAGCCUAGGGGAUGUUAAAGGGGUGCCAUAUUUCUUUGCAGAAGGCAUAUGGAAGAGGUACCUUUCCAGAGGAAAAUUGUAGGGAUCCUUACCGUAUGAAACAUUGUUAACUACCCCCUUCCCACCCCCUGAGCAGCUAUGCCUUGUGUAUUGAACUUUGAUUAAAAAAAAAAACCUUCUAUUUAAAACAAUUCGACAAAGGCCUUUUAUUUGAACAAAUGUCUUUUAUUUUAAUUUAUUUAAGGUGAACAACACGGGUUCCGGCAGGCAAAGAACAUUAAGUUCUCAUUGGAGGGAGAGUUGUAUUUCUAUUCAAAAGUGUUUAAAUUUGAUGCUCCAGGGAUUAGUGCAGAAGUAAUUGAAAAUGUA